GUGCGCCCGAGGAGGUCCGCAACAGCGUGCACCGCUAUUGCGCGGUCUCUGGCUGCCCGUUUUCGCUGGCCCAUCCAUAUAUAGCGCCUCGCUAGAACUUGGGCUGCCCUCUUCUCUGGUCCCACCCUAUGGCACCCGGGCCCAUACACGAUGCCGCACGCGAGCACGACGUCGAGACGCUCCGGCGACUGCUUGCGGAAGGUGUGUCGCCAGAUGCACUCGUGGAUCAGCAAGUACGUAGAAGACCUCUUCAUUGCUUGUGCCUGCGUGAUGAUGAGAAAAAUGAGGGUGAUCGCGCGGCCUGCUUCGAGCUCCUUCGCGACGCGGGGGCAAAUUUGGAAGCGGGCGAUCAAAUAGGGUACACGAUACUUCACCUCGCGGCUAGAGAUGCAUUCGUCGAGUUGAUAUCGUUGCUAGUUCAAGCCCGCGUUAAUUUGGAUGCGACACUACAGACUGGUGACACAGCGCUGCACCUCGCAGCACGCUAUGGGGCUGUCGAUAGCGUCGAAGUGCUCCUGGCCGCAGGCGCUUCUCUGAAUCUAAGAGAAAUUCAUAACGGGAAUACUCCUUUCGACGUGGCACUCUAUUAUGGCACUGGCGGCGGCCACGCGCCGCCUGAACAACGCGCUAGAAGUCGCCGGACGUGGCCGCUAUUCCUCCGCGCCGGUGCCGCGGUACCUGCUAUAUACACCGGCUCGGAAGACCAGUACCUCUUCCGAGUCGUCGCCGCGGGCGGAUUCCAGAGAUACGCCCAAGCCCAUGUCGCGCGGAUCGCGUCGAUCCUCGAAACGCCCCUCCUCCCGCCGGAACUCGUCCGGAAAGUCCUUCAGUUUUGGCUCCACGCGGGCUACUACUGAGUAGUGUAAAGCUAUAUUGUUUGAUCA